AUGGCAGAAACGAAAUAUCCGCUUGAUCUAGAACUCCCAUGGGUGGAAAAAUAUCGUCCCAAAUAUCUAAAGGAUGUUGUUGGUAACAAGGAUACAAUAGACUCUCUAGAGCGAAUUGCACAAGAAGGUAACAUGCCUCAUUUGAUUAUCUCAGGAUUACCAGGAAUUGGUAAAACAACGUCUAUUUUAUGCCUUGCCCGAGAAUUAUUAAACGAUGAUCCAAAAUUAAUGAAGGAUGCCAUAUUAGAAUUGAAUGCUUCGGACGAUCGAGGCAUCGAUGUUGUGAGAAACCAGAUUAAACAGUUUGCACAGAAGAAGGUUUCAUUACCAUCCAAUAGAGAAAAGAUCAUUAUUUUAGAUGAAGCAGAUUCAAUGACGGCGGGUGCACAACAGGCAUUGAGAAGAACGAUGGAAAUUUACUCGGAUACGACAAGAUUUGCAUUUGCUUGUAAUCAGAGUAGCAAGAUCAUCGAGCCUAUUCAAAGUAGAUGUGCUAUAUUGAGGUUCAAUAGACUUCAAGAUGAGGAGAUUUUGCAAGCAUUACAACGAAUUGUGGAUAGGGAAAAGAUCGAGUGCACAGAAGAUGGCUUGGCAGCACUUAUUUUUACGGCCGAAGGUGAUAUGAGACAGGCUAUCAACAAUCUACAGAGUACGUUUUAUGGCUUCCAAUUGGUGAAUGCAGAAAACGUUUAUAAAAUUGUGGACUCCCCUCAUCCCUUGUUGAUUUCCAAGAUGUUGAUGUUGGCCAACGAGGGGAAAAUAGAGGAGAGUUUGAAUAUAUUGAAGGAAUUAUGGAAUAAGGGAUACUCUGCCAUUGAUAUUGUCACUGUCAGCUUUAGAGUGAUGAAGACAAUGUACAAAUUGAGUGAAAAUAGAAGAUUGGAAUUGAUAAGGAUUAUUGGAUUUACGCAUAUGAGGAUAUUGGAGGGAGUUAGUACGUAUUUGCAGUUGGCCUGUAUGGUGGGUAAGAUAGCAAAGCAGAUCAACCCAGCUAAAUAA